UGGUUGUUGUUGGGGCCCUGUUGAGACCGCGGACAGACAGAGCACAAGUAGACCGGUGUCAAGCUAAGCUAAUUCAAUCAGAUUUGCGCUUUUUUAGUUUUGAUUGUUUGCAUUUGUCCCGACUGCGGCACAUGAUCGUAUCAGAAUAAGAAAUACCAAAGCUACCUGUUCAUAUAUCAGCCAGCAGGCUAACACUUAAACCCGGUAUUUACUUUGGUAAGCCGCUUCUUUGCUAUCGAGCUAAAUUGGCGCCAGUCGGGUGUUUGACAACAGCGCGAUUCUGUCACGUUUCCCGGUGUUGUUGUUUGUAGCGGCUAAAGUGAACUGAGCUAGUUUCCGUUUAGGCGCAAACUGCAGAAUAGACGAAAGCUCCACGAUAGCUUAAAAUAAAAAGUUGAGCAUGGCUGAAUUUCUGGAAGAUCCGUCGGUCCUCACGAAGGAUAAGCUGAAGAAUGAGCUCACAGCCAACAAUGUGGCACUUCCCAGCGGAGAGCACAAGAAAGAGGUGUACGUGCAGCUGUAUCUGAAGAACCUCACCGUGCUGAACAAUAAGAAGAGUCCGCCUGUAGACACCUUCUCCAGCGAUGAAGAGUUACCCACUCCCGUGGUGUCCAACAAAAGUCGAUCUGGAAGAAAAGCUACCAAGAAGACAGAUAAGCCUCGCUCAGAGGAAGCAGAGGUGACAGAUCUCACGGAUGAAGAUUUAAAACAACAGCUGGCCAAACAUGGUGUGGAAACGGGACCCAUUGUUGCCACCACCCGUAAGCUGUAUGAGAAGAAGCUGCAGAAGAUUUUGGAGCAGCCUCCAGCUGAGCCUGAAGCUCCUACAGCGGUCACAGCUCUCCCCAAGGCCGACAGUAACCAGAACGGAAACACAAACUCUGACCAGUACAGUGACAAGGAAGAUGAGGAGAUUACUACCCCUGAACCAGAGCCCAUUCCUGUGGUGGAGAAGUCUGUGAGAAGCCGAGGGAAGGUUCCAGUCACGGCCAGAACCAGCAGCAGACGACAAGCUAAGGUGGUGGUGGAGGAACUUCUUACUGAGGAAACCCCGAAGAAGGCCAGCGAGGGUGUGGUUGAAGAUAUCCUUGCCAAUGAAAUAAACACACCAACAGGCUUGAGUGCAACCUGCAGGCGUCCGAUCCGAGGGGCAGCUGGUCGGCCAUUGCAGCCAAGUGAUUACUGGCUGGAUGAGUCCCGUGUGCAGCGCAGCGUCCACUCUGAGACCCGCUCUUUCUCCGAGUCUUUCUCCAGGGGGGGCAGCUCCGUCUCCACGAGCAAAGCGCCAGCCCAACGAGGCUUCCUGUCCAUCUUGCUCAAGCUCCUGCUCCUUGUCGUGGUGGGUGGUUCUCUCUUCUAUGCGUACCAGAACCUGGAUGCAGACAACAUCAACACCCUCAAAGGUCUCCUGGACAGCGUUAUUGUCCCCCUUCAAGGCGUUGUGAAGAACGCAGCCAGCUACCUGGGCAUCGGCAGCAGCGGUGCCCCGAAGAUCGCCGGCAAGUAAAGACGCUCAGCAGUCUCUCACACCCACACCACCUCCCUGCCGCCUGCCACACACACCACAGCCCACGCAGUAAACUUGGCUUCUCUUUACCCAUGUGUAUUUGGACAGAGGUUACAGAUUUAAUUGUAGCCAUGAACUUUCUCCUCUCUGGACUGCAGCAUCCUUCACACCACAAGAGGGACACAGUAGCUUCUGGAUAACACUGUUUUGUGGCAGUCAGAAGAGACUCGUUUAAUGUUGAUUUUAAUCUGUGAAUUGUUUGUGUCUGUGUGUAUUUAACCCCUUGUAUGUAGAAAAACCGGUGCAAAAUGGAGAGGCCAGUUUAUCCAUGCAUGGUUGUAGUUUAUGAAGGUCAUACUGUAGUUUCUAACUCUGUGCCAGGCUUUUUUCUGACUGUGAAGUGCCUGGACACGCUUAGCACGUAGUGCCCUCCCAGUUUCAAGCACAGAGCAGUGCUCCUAAACCAGAAUGUUUUUGUGUUUCCCAAUUAAUUUGAACACUUUCUCUGUAGCCAUACAGUUAGGUAGUGACUCAUUAUUUCAAUGGUGCUCAGGUCAAUUCAGCUCAUAGUUUUUAGGGGUUUUUUUUUUAUGUGGGCCGCGCUGGGUGGAGACUCGGUAAUCAGGUUGUAUCACUGUAUGAGGAAAAUCCGCCCAAGUCCAGGCUAAGGUAUAUUUGAAGAAAAAAAAAACCAACUGCUGAUCACAGCUGUUAUCAUUGUAAAUGGGGCUCUCUUUAACCAUGAAAACAAGUAUUUUCUGUUCACUUCCUUAUCAUGAUUAUUUACUUUUAUCACAAUAUUCUCAUCAAGUUCUUAAUGAAACGUUUGGUUAUUGAUCAUGUACCGCUUAUUUGACAUUUCCUCCUUAGGGAAACUGAAGUUGCUGUGUUCAAUUUUUUUGAUUUGUGAUUUUCCAGCCCUGCCAGUGUGCUGAUUUGAGUUUACAUGCUUUGGGUUUUAGUGCUUUUGUGGUGCUUUCUUUGUUUUGUUUCUAGAUUUCUGAUCCUUCAGUCCUUGGUGCAGGAUUGGCUGUUUAUAGAGCACCCACAUAGCCCCCCUCAAUCACUGCAUGUAUCUGCAGAGGCGACACAUGGAGAAUGUGACUCCUUUUUGGGACAGUAAAUCAAUGUAUCCUCUUCAGACCUCUUUGACGACUUCUGCCUGAGCAAAUACCCACGAUGAAGAGACUGUUUGUUACCUGCAGGGAGGGAGGAUGCGUUCACAUGAAGUGAUGAUGGGCGUGGAAAGAUUUCUGAGGCAUCUUUGUUUCUAUUUUGAUAUUUUUCUAAAAUGGAGUGUUGAAUUUUUUAUAGCACAUUUUAAGGUAACAUUUGAAAGCAAUAUGUAAAACAUGAAAGUGAUACUGUAUUUUAAUUUUGCUGACUUAACGCGAGUGAUUAAUUAUCAGGCAGCUCCCACAAAGGACAGAAACAACUAGGGUUAUGUGGUUAAGGAUUUUUAAUCUGUUUAUUUAUGAUGAUUAUGAAGCAUUUUAUCAUAAAAUAAACGUGGCUGUUACCAGA